AUGAUUAUCCCUGUUCGUUGUUUCUCGUGUGGUAAAGUUGUUGGUGACAAAUGGGAAACAUACUUAGAGUAUUUACAAGAUGAUACCAUGACUGAAGGUGACGCUUUAGAUAAAUUGAAAUUACAAAGAUACUGUUGUAGAAGAAUGGUAUUGACCCAUGUUGAUUUGAUUGAAAAAUUCUUGCGUUACAAUCCAUUAGAAAAGAAAGAUGUUAAUUAA